AUGACAGUUUCAACUCGAUCUAACUCAAAACCACUACAUCAAGGUUUAAAGGAGAAACUGAAAGCCCUGACUCUCUUGUACGAGCAGCAGAAAUUCAACAACGCUUCUUUCAAGCCUCCACAAGAAGACAAUCAUAUAGAAACCCUAAAGAAUAAUGCUGUGGUUCGGGAGAAAAAUGGGAACAGGAUAAUGGUGUUUGUGAGAGUGAGGCCACUUGCUAAGAAGGAAAAGGAAGCGGGUUCCAGGUGUUGUGUCAAGAUUGUGAAUUCUUCUCAUAUUUAUAUGACGGAAUUCGCUACUCCUAACGAUUACUUGAGGUUGAAGAGGAUUCGAGGAGGUCAUUUCACUUUUGAUGCAUGCUUUUCUGAUUCGGCUACUCAACAGGAAGUGUAUUCUACAUCAACCUCGGAACUUGUGGAAGCAGUUAUGCAAGGGAAGAAUGGGACAGUUUUCUGUUAUGGUGCCACUGGAGCUGGAAAAACAUACACAAUGCUUGGUACUGUGGAAAACCCGGGAGUGAUGGUGUUGGCAAUUAAGGAUCUCUUCAGUAAAAUCAGGAUCAGAAGCUAUGAUGGAAACCAUGUAGUUCAUCUGUCCUAUCUUGAGGUUUAUAAUGAAACUGUAAGAGAUUUGAUUUCACCUGGAAGGCCUCUUGUUUUGAGAGAAGAUAAACAGGGGAUUGUGGCAGCAGGUCUUACGCAAUACAGAGCUUACUCCACCGAUGAAGUGAUGGCAUUGCUUCAGCAGGGAAAUCGUAAUAGAACUACGGAACCAACUCGUGCAAAUGAAACAUCUUCACGUUCUCAUGCUGUUUUGCAGGUUGUGGUUGAAUACCGAGUUAGAGAUGCUGCAAUGAAUAUUAUUCACAGAGUGGGCAAACUUUCAUUGAUUGAUCUUGCAGGGUCAGAGAGAGCUCUUGCCACAGAUCAAAGAACACUUAGGUCUCUUGAGGGUGCCAACAUUAACCGGUCUCUUCUUGCACUAAGCAGCUGCAUCAAUGCUCUUGUAGAGGGCAAGAAGCACAUUCCAUACCGAAAUUCUAAACUAACCCAGCUUCUCAAAGAUUCAUUAGGAGGAACUUGCAACACCGUCAUGAUUGCAAACAUAAGCCCGAGUAUCCUCUCAUUUGGUGAAACUCAAAACACCCUUCAUUGGGCUGAUAGAGCAAAGGAGAUUCGAACAAAGGCACCUGAUGCAAACGAGGAUAUAUUACCGGUACCUAAAACAGAAAAAGACCAGGCAAAGCUGAUACUUGAGCUACAAAAUGAGAAUCGUCAAUUGCGAGUUCAGCUAGCACGCCAAAAACAGAUGCUUUUGAAACUCAAAGCACAAUCCUUGGCUGCAUAUUCUUCCCCAACACCACCAUCAGCUUCAUCUUUUCUUUCCACACCUCCAACCUCUAUUCAACCAAAUGAAAAACAAAGGACAAGACCUUCUGCCACGUAUCUCACCCCAAAGACCGAGAACAAGGGGGAGGAGACAGCCUUCACUGUCGGAACACUUUAUCAAAAAGUAAAAGCCCUGGAGUCAGAGAUAGUGAGAAUGAAAAAGGAUCACAGUUUGAUGAUAAAGCAGAAAGAUGAUGUUAUUUGUGAGCUUUUACAAAAGAGUGGGAAAAAAGUAACAGCAGCCGGGGAAGUGGGGAAUAGAGUGGUAACCAGGUCUAGCAUACGGCCAAAGGUUGAAAACACAGGUGAGCUAAGGAGUCCAAGUCACCGUUUUCAUUCACCACUACAAAUGGCCAAGAAACGAAGCUUUUGGGACAUAACUGCUGCUAACAGCCCAUCAGUUACUGCAUUAAAUGGAAGAAAAACUAGAAGCCAUAUCACUUCUGAACCUACUGCCCAUCCUCCAUCCAUGCUUCUUAAGCCAGGGUUUGCUAAGGAAAAGGGAAACAUUUGGAAGUGA